AUGUCUUCCUCUUCCUCCUCCUCGGCCAACCAUCAACACUCUUUCGCCGAUGAGCCACCGCCAAAUCUUCCACUCAGAGAAAUCCCUUACAGCUAUGGACUACCUUUCUUCGGAGUCUUCAGAUCAACCAACAUGCCACCAUUUCCAUUCAUGGCUUUGGACCCUAAAGUCGACGUCGUUCUUGACGGAACUUUCAUUACCUCCACCUCCAUCACUGGCAGUUAUCGCCCUUGUGCCAACCUCGAUCCCUCCGAACCAUCUCAUGCCGUCCUAAAAGACUUCUUUCUCUCUCUCCUCUCCUCUUUCCAUAAUAAAUCCAUACCCUCUUUCCAUCUCUGCUUGUGGGAGUUAUUCAUCAACCUUGAAGAUGAGUUAUCUGAUAAAGUGAAAGCAAGCUCGAUUUUAGACCAAGCAGAGAGUGUUGGCAUCAAAAGAGACGAAGCUUGCCAUAACCUAGUGUUUCUUUCUGGUUUCAAUGCUUAUGCUAGCAUGAAGGCUCUGUUCUCAGGCUUGAUCAAGUGGGUUCGCAAAGCAGGAGAGAGUUUACACCAACAGCUCUCUGAUGAGAUCAGGACCGUUGUUAAAGAAGAAGGUGGGGUCACUUUAUCAGCAUUGGAAACAAUGACGUUGACUAAGUCAGUGGUCUGUGAAGUACUUAGAAUUGAACUUGUGGUACAGUUCCAGUGCGGCAAGGCCAAGGAGGACAUCGUGGUCCACAGCCAUAAUUCAACGUUUCAGAUUAAAAAAGGUGAGAUGAUCUUUGGAUAUCAACCGAUGGUUACCAAGGACCCCAUUGCUUUCGCAAAUCCUGAUGACAUCCGGCGGUGGAGAAUAAGCAAUGCCCCGGACAAAGCGGUGGCUCUGAAGCAGCUAAGGACCCAUGUGAUCAUGUUCGGGGCAUGGGUCGCAGUGAUUCGGGUCACUCCUUACGUUCUCCACUACUUUUCUGAUAGCAAAGAGGAACUCAAGCUCGAUCUCUGAUUCCAAACUCUUCGCAUCUCAUUCUUCCGAGGUAUUUUUUGUUUACAACAACCGUGUUGAAAAGUUAUCAAUUAUUUGUGAUCGCUUUGCGCGAACUGUGCGGUUGUUUGUGCUUCUCUGUUUUUUACAUUGUCU